AUGCCAGCUUCGGCACAGACCAGGUUGACGGGCCGCUUCUCGGCGGGGUUUCACCUGUUUCAUCAUCGGCUGUCUUUAUGUCUUGGAGCAGCCCGGCUGCAACCCACGGUUGCGCUGAGCACCGCCGAGGCCGAGUACAUGGGCCGUCUCCGGCAGCAGCGCAGGGACGUCGUCUUCCUGCGGCAGCUGCUCAUGGACCUCGACGAGCCCGAGGCUGGAGCCACCAAGAUGCUGACAGAUAACCAGGCGGCCAUCGCCAUCGGCAACGACCACGUCACCAAGCCGCGCACGAAGCACAUCCGGGUACGCCACCACUUCGUGCGGGAGCUCAUCGCCGACGGAACCAUUGUGCUGCAGCACUGUCCCGGCACGCAGAUGGUUGCCGACGCGCUGACCAAGGCACUGGACAAGCAGACCUUCGAGCAGCACCUGCCACGACUGGGUCCCCGCACUCGCUCCCGCGCUCAACGCGGCCCGCGCCGCACUGGCGCCCGCCACGACGUGGCGGACCAUGAUGACGACGAUGACGAGGGCGAUGGCGACGACCACGGCGCUCACCCAUCUUCCUCCUCUUCCUCUCUCCCUUCUUUCGCCACUCCGAGCGGAGGAGCGCAGGUGGCGUCCCGAGCCUCUGGCCUGCUGGAUCCCCGUGAUCCACAGGUUGACGCAGCCAUCUUCGCGUUCCUCCUUGGCGUCCUGACGGGACACCCGCUGCGGCUGGCCAUCACCGAUAACCGUGGCCGCUCAGGUGUGCUUGCGCUGCGCCGCCUCCGCGAGCGCUACAUCCGCAGCGGCAAGGACCACGUCAGCCGUCUCAGGCAGCAGCUGUCCUCGACCACGUGGUUGCCCACGGACACCGUCGACACGUUCAUGUCCCGCAUCACGGACAUCAACUCGCAGCUCCUCGCUGCCGGCACCGUCACGGUCAUCGGCAAGGGCGACGCCGUGCUCUGCGUGACUGGCACCGACGGCGCUCCAGGCACCAUCACGCUGAAGAACGUGCUGCAUGUCCCCGACAUCAAUUACAACAUACUGGCGCUGAAACCUGGUGACUCGCGCGCGUCGUGGGUGCUUCCGUCGUCAUUGCUGUGGACGACAGCCGCAUCCAGUUUGCCCACAUGGAGCGUGCCUCUGCUGCCGUCCAAGGACACCGGCCACCUCUUCCUCUACGCCAGCACCACGACCUCCCAACAAGCCACGGCGCUUGCGGGGGAGCUCGUGCACAGCAGCGAUGGGGAAGCCGAGGAUGCUGACGAGGGUGCCUCUGCACACGACGUGCUAGGCCAUCGCAGCAGCGCGGCCGUCGACGCCAUCCGGCAGCAGAUUGCCCAGGCCUCUUCCAAGCACAUCGUCACCUGUGGACCAUGUGCGCUUGGCAAGAGCACGCGCGCCUCCAUCCCGAAGCAGUCUGCUCCACGCAGCGCUGGGCCAUGCCAGCUGCUCUACGCCGACAUCGCCGGUCCGCUGGAGGAGACGUCGCUGCGAGGUGCACGCUACGCGCUGACCUUCAUCGACGACUGCACGCGUUUCGCCUGGACGUUUCUCAUCCGGCACAAGAACGACGUCGGCGCGGCCCUGGAGCAGCUGCGCAAGGACCGCCACGUCGUCAACGCGCUCCGAGGCGCCACGCUCCAGACGGACAGCGACGCCGGCUACUCCAGGUCCACGGUGGUCAACUACACGGACACCUUUGCCCGACGGCUACCCAUCGCAGCCAUCCGCACCAUGCUCGCCAUGGCCGUCGCGCGUGGCAUGGGCAUCCAGCAGAUGGACGUCAACACGGCCUUCCUCAACGCGCCCGUGGAUCACGAGAUCUACGUCCAGCCACCGGCCGUCGACGGCAUCUUCUCCCCGAGUACAGUCCUGCGCCUCAAGCGCGGGCUGUAUGGGCUGAAGCAGAGCCCGCGCCUGUGGAACCACACGCUGGACGCCUGGAUGCGCGAGCAGGACUUCGUCGCCACAGCCACGGACGCCUGCAUCUACCGCCGCACCUGCAAGGGUGGCAAAGUGAUGUGGGUUGCCGUCUACGUGGACGACCUGCUCAUCUUCGCCGACAGCGACAGCGACAUGGCCGCGUUCAAGAAGGCCAUCUCCAAGCGCUUCAAGAUGAAGGACCUCGGCAGCCCAGACAUAUGUCUCGGCAUCAAGGUGCGCCAUGACCGCAAGGCCAGGACCGUCACCAUGAGCCAGGAGCACUACCUGCGCAACGUGCUGGAGACCUUCGGCAUGGCUGACUGCAAGCCUGUCGGCACGCCGCUCUGCACGGGCUACGUCGACAAACCAGCCGACAAGGAGGAGCCACUCCCGGACGUGCCGUUCCGCGAGUUGCUUGGCUCCCUCCUCUAUGCUGCGACGAUGACGCGCCCAGACAUCUCGGCGGCUGUCUCCAUCCUGUCUCGCCGCAUGCAGCACUUCGGCAUGGACCACUGGAAGGCUGCCAAGCACCUUCUUCGCUACAUCAAGGGCACCUUGUCCUACACCAUCAAGUACGCCGCCACUGGCGACGCCAGCAACGGCAGCACUGCCGACGGCGUGCUCUCAGCGUACUCGGAUGCGUCCUUCGCCUCCGACGUUGACACGCGACGUUCCCGCACGGGCUUCGUCGUCUUCUGUUCCACGGGCCCCGUGUCCUGGAACUCCAAGCUGCAGGCCACUGUGGCCACAGCCUCCGCCGACGCGGAGUACAUGGCUCUCGCAGCCACCGCACAGGAACUCAUGUUCCUUCGCCAACUCCAGGAGGAGCUCACCGGCGCCGUCCUGUGCGAGCCCACGCUCGUCCACACGGACAACCAGCCGGCGCAGCGCGUUGCCGAACACGCCGCCUCGCACAUGCGGCACAUCCUCGUCAAGUACCACUACAUCCGCGAGUGCGUCGACACCAAGAGGAUUGUGCUGAGCUACCUCGCCACGGAGCACAUGAUCGCAGAUCUCCUCACGAAGAUCCUCCCUCGGCCCAAGACGGCUCACGUCCUCUGCCAGGCUGCCAGCCACGGGCCCGUCCUCAUUCGGGCCGGUCGCCACGUCCUUCGACUCCCGCGUCAGGACCUCUGA